UACAAUGGGCUCUAAGCGACGGAGAGCCACGUCUCCAUCCAGCAGUGUGAGCGGAGGAGAUUUCGAGGACAGCCAGACAACAUCUAUACCAUCAACCAGCCGGAAGAGGAGAAGAACCACAAACAUCCCCACUGUCGACCCUAUCGCUGUGUGUCAUGAGCUGUACAACACUAUCAGAGACUAUAAGGAUGAUCAGGGCAGGAUGCUGUGUGAACUCUUCAUCAGAGCACCAAAGAGAAGGAACCAGCCGGAUUACUAUGAUGUGGUGUCGCAGCCCAUCGACAUGAUGAAGAUCCAGCAGAAGCUGAAGAUGGAGGAGUAUGAUGAUGUUGAGCAGCUCACAGCCGACUUUCAGCUCCUAUUCAACAACGCCAAGACCUACUACAAACCAGACACUCCGGAGUGCAGAGCGGCUUGCAAACUCUGGGAUCUGUACAUUCGCACCAAAAACGAGUUUGUGCAGCGAGGAGACUACGAUGAAGAUGAUGACGAUGACGACACACAGGAAACCCCUGGAGGGGCCACCGAGGAGGAGUCUGUCUCAAGCCUUAAGGAAGUUCUAGGCCAGCUUCUGGAUGCUGUGCUGACGUACACAGAACAUGGGCGUCUCAUCAGCGAACUUUUCCAGAGACUUCCCUCUAAAGUGCAAUAUCCAGAUUAUUAUGCUAUUAUUAAAGAACCAAUAGAUCUGAAGAUCGUUGCACACCGAAUACAGAUGUGCUACUAUAAAAGUGUAAACCAUAUGGCUAAAGACAUUGACUUGUUAGUCAAAAAUGCCAAAACCUACAAUGAACCCGGAUCACAAGUGUUUAAAGAUGCAAACACCAUCAAAAAGGUCUUUGCGCAGAGAAAACUGGAGCUCGAACAUGCAGAACCGGUUAAAAGUAGCAUCAGGAUCAGGAACAGAAGGUUUGCACAAGGAGACAGACUCUCCUCCAUCACCACUGCUCUACAGUACGGCUCAGAGAGUGAAGAGGAUGCCAUGCUAACUGGCUCUGUUCAUUACGAUGAAGGCGAGUCAGAGGGCGAGAGCCUGCACUCCAGCAUGGACGUGUGCAACCCCAUCUUCCAGAUGUAUGAGGCCGUGCGGAGCGGCAGAAACAGCCAGGGACAGCUCCUAGCCGAGCCCUUCUUUCAGCUGCCCUCCAGGAAAGACCUGCCCAACUACUUCCAUCAGAUCAGCCAUCCGAUCUCCCUCCAGCAGAUAAGGAGUAAGAUGAAGAACAAUGAGUAUGAAAGUGUGGAACAGAUAUAUACAGACCUCAACCUGAUGUUUGAGAACGCGAAACGCUACAACGCUCCCAACUCUCAAAUCUACAAGCGCGUGCUGAAGUUGCAGCAGAUAUUGCAGAUGAAGAGGAAGGAACUGACGAGGAGAGAUGAUGAAGAUGGUGACAGUAUGCUCUCAUCCACGCUCUCUGACGGUGGCAGCAUCAAGCGCAAAAGCCAUAAGAAGAACACAAAGAAAAACCGCAUGAAGGCUCUGUACGCUGCCGUGGCCGAGGCUCGGGAGAUGGGCACAGGACGGAGACUCUGCGACCUCUUCAUGGUCAAGCCGUCAAAAAAAGACUACCCAGACUAUUACAAGAUCAUACUGGAACCAAUGGACCUGAGGACCGUCGACCACAACAUCCGCUCUGACAGAUACCCCAGUGAGGACUCCAUGAUGGAGGACAUGAAGCUGAUGUUCCGUAAUGCGCGUCACUACAAUGAAGAAGGCUCUCAAGUUUACAAUGACGCCAACGUUCUGGAGAAGAUAUUAAGAGAAAAACGAAGGGAACUUGGACCACCGCCGGAUGACGAGGAUAUCGUUUCACCCAAGCUGAAAAUUAGGAAGAGUGGCAUCUCUCCUAAAAAGUCCAAGUACCUGACCCCUCUCCAACAGAAACUCAACGAGCUCUACGAGGCGGUGAAGAACUACACUGACAAGCGUGGACGGCGCCUCAGCACCAUCUUCCUCCGCCUCCCGUCCCGCGCUGAGCUUCCAGACUACUAUGUGGCCAUCAAGAAACCCAUAGACAUGGAGAAGGUCAAGAGCCACAUGCUGGCCAACAAGUACCAGGAUGUUGACGCUCUGGUGGAAGACUUAGUCUUGAUGUUCAACAACGCCUGCACUUAUAACGAACCUGAAUCGCUGAUCUACAAAGAUGCAUUGGUGCUUCACAAAGUGCUUUUGGAGACGCGGAGAGACUUGGAGGGCGGCGACGACGCGCAUGUCCCAGAUGUUGCACGGCUCAUCCAGGAGCUCAUCCGCAAUCUCUUCGUCUCGGUGCUUGGCCACCAGGAUGAUGAGGGGCGCUGCUACAGCGACUCCCUGGCGGAGAUCCCGGCGGUCGAUCCGAACCACUCCGAUAAGACUCCACUGAACUUUGAGAUCAUCAGAGCCAACGUGGACAAGGGCCGUUACAGGAGGCUAGAUGUCUUCCAGGACCAUAUGUUUGAAGUUUUGGAGAAAGCCAGGCGUCUGCACAGGACGGACUCUGAGAUCUUCGAGGACUCCGUGGAGCUCCAGCAGUUCUUCAUCCGGAUCAGAGAUGAGCUGUGUAAGAACGGAGAGAUUCUGCUGACGCCCGCCCUCGGUUACACCACCAAACACCUGCACAGCGACGUGGAGAAAGAGAAGAAAGAGAAGCUGCCGAGAGAAUACGAAGAGGAUAAACUCAAGAGAGAAGAAGAGAAAAAAGAGGCUGAGAAGAGCGAGGACACAGCCGGUGGCGGAUGGCAGGGAGUCCUUCAGCGCAACUACAGCCAGGACUGCAGCUUCAAGGACAACAUGUACCAUGUGGGAGACUACGUCUAUGUAGAGCCCACAGAACCGAACCUGCAGCCGCACAUCGUCUGCAUAGAGCGCCUGUGGCAGGAUGAUGCCGGAGAGAACUGGCUUUAUGGCUGCUGGUUCUACAGACCCAACGAAACAUUUCACCUCGCAACACGCAAAUUUCUGGAGAAAGAAGUUUUCAAAAGCGACUAUUUCAACAAAAUUCCUGUCAAUAAAAUAAUGGGCAAAUGUGUCGUCAUGUUUGUGAAGGAGUAUUUCAAGCUUCAGCCUGACAGCUUCCGACCUGAAGACGUUUUUGUCUGCGAGUCUCGUUAUUCUGCCAAGACCAAGUCCUUCAAAAAGAUCAAGAUGUGGACGAUGCCCCUGAGCUCGGUGAAGUUCGUCAUUCGUGAAGUGACCUUGCCUGUGGUCCGGGUGGCCUCCAUGUUUGCACCCAAACAGGACAGUGAAAAGCCUCCUGAGGUGCUAGAGGAUGGGAAAGCUGUACCAUCUAUCAUCGAUAAGGAGAGGGAGGAUGUGACCCUGGAGGUCAGUAACGGCGAGCCAGGCUGCCAGUACUACGAGCAGCUCUGCUACAACGACAUGUGGCUGAAAGUGGGAGACUGCGUGUACAUCCGCUCCCACGGGCUCGUUCGCAACCGCGUGGGCAGAAUAGAGAAGAUGUGGGUGCGAGACGGAGCUGCCUAUUUUUUCGGGCCCAUCUUCAUCCAUCCCGAGGAGACCGAGCAUGAACCAACUAAGAUGUUCUACAAGAAGGAGGUCUUCCUCAGUAACCUGGAAGAGGCCUGCCCUAUGACCUGUGUUGGAGGGAAGUGUACAGUGUCUUCUUUCAAAGAUUUCCUGUCAUGCCGGCCAACCGAAAUGCCGGAGGAGGAUGUGUUGCUGUGUGAGAGCCGCUACAUCGAGAGCGAGAAGCAAAUGAAGAAGUUUAAAGGGCUGAAGCGUUUCUCUCUGUCUGCCAAAGUAGUCGAGGAUGAAAUCUAUUACUUUCGAAAGCUCAUCGUGCCUCAGAAGGAGCCGUCUCCACUGCUCGAUAAGAAGAUCGAAGAGUUGGAGGCCAAGUUUGCGGACAUGACGGAUGAAGAGCUGGAGGAUCUGGGUGAUGAUGAUGGAGACGGUUCUGACGCUCACUGCAUGCCUCAGCUUCAGACUCAGCUGACCGGUGACAUGGACAUGCUGCAUUAUGCCCCCCCGCAGUCCACACCGAAGUCCAUUAAGGGUUUGUCGAAGAAGGAGGGGGCAAAGAGGAAGAUCAACAUGAGUGGGUACAUCCUCUUCAGCAGUGAAAUGAGAGCUGUCAUCAAGGCCCAGCACCCUGACUUCUCUUUUGGAGAACUCAGUCGACUGGUGGGCACCGAGUGGAGGAACCUGGAGGCCACUAAGAAAGCGGAGUACGAAGAGCGGGCAGCUAAAGUAGCGGAGCAGCAGGAGCGGGAAAGAGCCGCGCAGAACUCCCCGAGAGCAGGUACCCCAGUAGGGGCGCUAAUGGGGCUAGUGCCCCCCCCGACCCCCAUGGGGAUGCUUAGCCACAGCAUGACGCCUAUGGCAGGAAAAGGCAUGCUGGGUAGUUACAGGCCACCCAUGCUGCCCUUUCAGGGGCCUGUCGACGGCAUGAUUAACAUGGCCGGCAUGCCUCUACAUCCCAUGGGGAUGCCUGCCUUACCUCUCCACUUCCCGUGGGGAAAGCCUGGCAUGCCGUAUCUGGGAAUGAAUGGAGUGGCCGCGGGUUCAACAGGAAGUGCUUAUGGGACUCAGAUGGGUGUGAUGAACUCAGGCCUACAGGCUCCGCCCCCCUACCCGGGACAGGGGCAGGCUGGGACGCCCUCUCUACAGCAGCCGUCCACACCCAUAUUCGUGUCUCCUCCACCCAAACCCCAGCGCCUGCUGCACUCAGAGGCUUACCUGAGGUAUAUUGAAGGACUCAGUGCGGAGUCCACCACUGUCAGCAAGUGGGACCAAACACUCUCCGCUCGCAGAAAAGAUGUGCGGCUCACAAAAGAGCAGGAGAGCCGUCUGCCCUCUCAUUGGCUGAAGAGCAAGGGCGCUCACAAGACCAUGGCUGACGCUCUGUGGCGACUUCGGGACCUGAUGUUGCGAGACACACUGAACAUUCAACAGACGUACAACAUCCAAAACAUCUGAAGCAUUCCUCUUCAUCAGUCUUACACCGUGAGACCAGCUGUUCUUAGUGUGUUCAUGUGGUGAUCGAAUGACGUUCUGUUUAGAGGUGUGUAAUGCUAAAUAUCGUCUGUUGGCUGCGUUAGUGUUGAUGUUUCUUAAUAGCACUUUCAAUCGGCUCAUUUUGUAUGUUGACUAUUAAAUGUUCUUAGACCAAUUUAAACAUUUUCAUAAAAUGUUGAACUUUAAAGUGUUUGUUCGUUGUAAUUUGAGAGGCGAAUAAGUUAGGAUUGUUCUGAAAGAAUGUAGAAAUGGCCGUUUUUGGGUCUUGGUUCGUGAAAUGGUUUGACAAGAAGUUAACAGGCCUAUUUUUCAUAUCAUCCCAGUUGUAUCAGCUAAAAUCAUUUUGGAAUGGACACUAUCUGUCUAUUGUUUCAAUAAACUAACAGUGACAAAAC